UCAAUCUAGCAAUUGAUACCCACCAACCUUCAAACCCACAUCACCUCUUGAUCUACCCAAUCUACCAGACAUAAACUCUGCAUCUCAAACCUCCACUCCCCAACCAACCCCGCUCACCCUCAUCAACCAACCACCCGCCCACCUCCGUCCGACCUCCACCAAAACCACCGCACCGCAAACCACUAACCACCAUUAUCAACCCCAAUUCCAACCCUCCAAACCCAACAAUGCCACCACCCAACCCUCCUCCUCCCUCCCAACCCCCCAAAUUCCGCGUCUUGCCCCCGACCUCGCCAAAUCCCGCCGCAACGCCCCCCACGAACCAACCCAACCUCAACCCCUCGCCUGCAACCGCAAUCACAACCACAACCGACACCACGCCCCUCCUUCUUCGCCCACCUCCGCAACAGCUAUGCCUCUCUUCCGCGUCCUUACCGCCGCACCUUCCGCUUCAUGGGCACGCUUCUCCCGCUUCUCCCGAUCGGGCUUUUCUUCUCCGAACAUGUCCUCCAGGUGAUGUGGGUGCGCGGACCGAGUAUGACCCCGUACCUGAAUGAGGAUUACGAUCAGAUGCAGACGAAGAGUGAUGUCGUGUUGGUGAAUAUGUGGGGUGGGGGUGGAUUGUGGCCGUGGGAGAGGAAGAGGAGGUUGGAGAGGGGGAUGGUGGUUACGUUUCGGUCGCCUGCUAAUCCACGACACAUGGCUAUUAAACGCAUUAUCGGGCUGCCCGGGGAUCAAAUCACCACGAGAGAACCGUGUAUGAAGGAGACGCAGAUCGUGCCGUAUAAUCAUGUUUGGUUGGAGGGGGAUGCGAAGGAUCCGAAGAAGACGUUGGAUAGUAAUUCUUAUGGGCCGGUGAGUAUCAGUUUGAUUACGGGGAGGGUUAUGGCUGUGUUGCAUCCGCAGUGGAGGUGGUUGGAUUGGUCGGGUUGGGAGAAUGGGGUGGUUGAGGGGGAUGUGGAGCGGAAGUUUGGAGAGGAGUAUAGACAGGAGGUGCGGGAUCGGGUGUUGAAGGAGGCUGUGAAGUUGGAGAGGCCGUUCUUGGAGUGAGUGGAGGGCGUUGGUGGAUAUGUUAUGUAUUAUGUAUUAUUAUUAUGCGCUGUAUAUAGACGAUACUUUGCCUUGUGUGUUAUUAGAUAGAAGCACCGU